AUGGCUACGUCUAUACUCGGGGAAGAACCGCGAUUUGGAACUACCCCCUUAGCUAUGCUGGCUGCAACUUGUAACAAAAUUGGCAAUACCAGUCCACUCACCACUUUACCUGACUCCAGUGCGUUUUCGAAAGGUGGAUUUCAUCCAUGGAAAAGAUCCUCAUCCAGCUGCAACUUAGGAUCCAGUCUACCCGGAUUCACAGUAGCGACAAGCCGUAGUACCACCGGACUAACGACGACAACCGGCACGAGUAACAGCGCGUUUUGCUUGGCAUCCACAUCCCCGACCUCCUCCGCGUUCUCUACUGAGUACAGCAGUUUGUUUUCCAACUCUGCGAGCGUUAGUUCCCAAGAGUCCGGACAGUCAGCUUUCAUUUCCAAAGUUCACAGUUCGGCAGAAACUCUGUAUCCGAGAGUGGGGAUGGCACAUCCGUAUGAGUCGUGGUACAAGUCUGGUUUCCAUUCGACCAUUUCGGGUGAGGUUGCCAACGGGGCGUCCUCGUGGUGGGACGUCCACACAAACCCGGGUUCUUGGCUCGAGGUCCAGAAUCCUGCCGGUACCCUACAAACCUCGUUGCACUCCGGAACCCCCCAAGCCAUACACUCUCAGCUUAGCGGCUACAACCCUGACUUCUCCACACUGACGCACUCCGCUUUUAGCUCCACCGGCAUCAGUCCCACCGCAUCACACCUCCUGUCCACCAGCCAACACCUGUUAACGCAGGAGGGCUUCAAAACUGUUAUCCCCACGUACACGGACACGUCCGCCGCCAACGCCAUGAUAUCUGGAGCCAGUUCAGGGAUAGGAACGUCCUCCAGGUCAUCCAGGAGAUAUUCCGGCCGAGCGACCUGCGACUGUCCGAACUGUCAAGAGGCGGAGCGGCUGGGGCCUGCGGGUGCCAGUCUGAGGAGAAAAGGACUUCACAGCUGUCAUAUUCCCGGCUGUGGCAAAGUGUACGGCAAAACGUCUCACCUAAAGGCGCACCUCAGAUGGCACACUGGCGAGAGGCCUUUUGUCUGCAACUGGCUUUUUUGCGGUAAACGAUUCACCAGAUCCGAUGAACUUCAGAGGCACCUUCGCACCCACACCGGAGAGAAAAGGUUCGCUUGUCCCGUAUGCAACAAGCGCUUCAUGAGAAGCGACCACUUGAGCAAGCACAUUAAAACACACACCGCCGGAGGAGGAGGGAAAAAGGGUAGCGACAGUGACACCGACACCAGUAACCUGGAGACGCCUCGGUCCGAGUCUCCAGAACUGAUUUUAGAAGGAGUAAACACCGGUAGGGUCACGGUCAAGGACCCUUCUCCGCAAAACGAGUCUUGA